AUGGCUUCCUUGCAGGAAUGUAAUCCCGUUUCAGAAGGCGUCUCCAAAGAUGACUUGGUAAUUCCUGUUAUCGAUUUCCAGCCCUAUCUUUCUGGCAGCCCCGAUGACAAACUGGCCGUGGGAAUUUCUAUGACCAAAGCCUUCAAAACCUCGGGAUUCCUUUACCUGAAGAACCACGGAAUCCCCCCGUCGGUUGUGAAGAAUAUCUUCGACACGUCUGCCAGGUUCUUCAAGAGGCCCCAGGUCGAAAAGGACGGUUUAGCAUGGACAACUCCGCAAGCGAACAGAGGAUAUACAGCCGUAGGUCGGGAAAAAGUCUCCCAGUCCUCCGACAAGGACGAGAUUCAGAAGAUGAGGGUGACAAUCCCCGAUUUAAAAGAGAGUUUCGAAAUCGGCCGCGAUGAUGAAGCGGGCUUGCCGAACCAGUGGCCUGACAAACUAGACGAUAAGGGAGAGGAGUUCACAGAGACCAUGAAAGCAUUCUUCCUCACGUGCAAAGAGCUGCAUAUCAAGGUCAUGAGCGCCAUAGCUGUUGGAUUGAGUCUCCCCGAGGACUUCUUCGACGAGUACACAGGCGUGGGGGAUAACACGCUGAGACUUUUGCAUUACCCCUCCGUUCCUAAAUCCGUCUUCAGGGACAACGCGGGCCAAGUUCGCGCGGGCGAGCACAGCGACUACGGCUCUAUCACGCUGCUCUUCCAGGACGCCCGGGGCGGGUUGCAGGUUCGAUCGCCCAAGGGAACUUUUAUCGACGUCACGCCCAUUGCCGACACCAUUGUGAUAAAUGCAGGAGAUUUGCUCGCGCGGUGGGCGAAUGAUCAAAUCAAAAGCACUCUCCAUCGAGUUGUGGAGCCUCCCUCGAGGGAAGGGGUGGAUGAGGAGGACCCAGCCGUGCACCCGGCGCGCUAUAGCGUGGCCUAUUUUUGCAAUCCGAAUUUUGAUAGGUUUAUCGAGGCGAUUCCUGCAAAUGAUACCGAUGGAGUUUCCACACUAAAGAUGCCAAAAAAGGCGAAUGCGCCAACUCUGGAUAUCAUAAUAGUGGAUCCUGAUGAAUGA